GUGCGACAGAAAAAAUCGCGGGAAUCGCCGUUGUUGAAGAUUGAAGCCGCGAUACUGCGAUCGUACUGGAUCGCAUGCAUGACUGCAUGACGCGCCGAGAACAUAGACGAGAUCAGAUUAUGAGGGAUCAGAGGGCGGCGGUCGAGGAGGAAUCGUCAACAGUAACGACAACAUCAACGACACUGGCAGCAGCAUUAGCAGCAUCACGAAAGUCAUGAAACGGCAGCAACAGCAGCGGCGGCAGCAGCUAUCACGACGACGACUGCCAUCUUGAGUGUGACGCGCAACUCAGAGGUCGUGGGCUCCACCAGUGACGAAGCCACUGGAGUUUUGACGUGGCUGCUACGUACCUGCCCGACUGCCCACUCCGAUUGCAGCAAACUUGGUGACGAGAAAUACGUAACUGAGCUCGCGAGGUAGUCGGGCUAUGGAAAGUAUGGUCGAGGAAAAUGGAUCAACCGUCGAUCCGUUGUCUGUACAGGGCUCCCAGAGCGACGCAGCACCAGCAAUCGCAACCUCGGUACAAUCUAUCGAUAGAAUACAUCAGCAGCAAACUCAUCACCUGGUAGCUUCUACCAGCAUUGUGCAACUGACACUACCCUCGUCAGGAACAACACAGGUGCAAUCGGUCAUACAACCCAAUCAACAGUCCGUGAUACAGACCGCCACAAACAUACAACCCGUCGCAAUCUCCAAAGGAAACGUUAUUCUGGUUAGCAAACCCAACUCCGUUAUACAAACUGCACAAGGCAGUUUACAGACGCUUCAAGUGGUGGAAACUGGUAGUGACGAUAGUUUCUCAGACGAAGAUUCACCCAAGAAGAGGAAUAUUCUAACCAGACGACCGUCUUACAGAAAGAUUCUCAACGAUUUAGGCGGAGGAGAAAUUACAGACGGUCGUUUGCCCCCCUUAGAAUCAUCCUCCGAGUGUGAUUCUAACGUGGACAGUGAAGUGUCUUCCCAUUCGCUCCAUUAUCAAACAGUAAUUCCUGCCGGUACUAUUCAAAUUGCGACCCAAGGGGAGGGAGUUCCGGGGCUUCACACGUUAACUAUGAGCAAUGCGGCGACAGCGGGUGGAGCUAUAGUGCAGUAUGCACAGGGCCAGGACACUCAAUUUUUUGUCCCAGCUUAUACAGGUCACGGAGUAGUAGUGGAAGAUGCGGCACGAAAGAGAGAGUUAAGGUUGCUUAAGAACAGAGAGGCGGCACGUGAAUGUAGAAGAAAGAAGAAAGAAUAUAUAAAGUGCUUAGAAAAUCGUGUCGCGGUGCUGGAGAAUAGAAAUCAGACGCUAAUCGACGAACUGAAAUCGUUAAAAGAAUUAUAUCAGCAGAAAACCGACUGAGAUUGGUGUUUAAAACCUGCGCGACAGUGUAUCAAAACUAUUAUCCAGUCGAUGAACCUGUACAUGUCUUGUUUGUGUACAUUAUCCUAAAUGUUGCUAGGGGUAAGCGAUGGUGAUGUACAUGCAUUCUUAUAGAUAUUUCUCUGUAACAUACUGUAUUUAAGUACGAAUACGAAGGCUUGUGAAACUUGCUGUUACUAAAGCGGGAAGCCAAAGUUAUAUGAGACAUGGAGGCAGCAAACACGUAGGCAAUAUUUCGUAUAUCAGUCUCUAUUUUGGAUAAACACAACGCGUGAUUCACUUAGAAUCUGCGUACUCGAAAUUUCGACCUUAUAGACUGGAACAGUUAGAUCGCAUUAAUAACAUAACUGGCAAAUGAUAUUCGUGUUUGUUUAGCAUCACUGUCUAACGACCGUUUGUACUAGAUGAAGGCGUGUCUUGCUUCAUUAUGACAUGCUGCAGUUCAUUUCUCUAAUCUAAUAUAUACAUAUAGACAAAAAAUAUAUAUAUGAAAGCGUUUACGCUAACCGAAAAUAGCGUAAUAACCGAAAUUUUCGACUAUCUAUAUAAAAAGUUUAGUGUAAAUAUCUCAACAAAACGUACCGUGGCUUACAAUUGUGUACAACAAAUAAUAUUUGAAACAUUUGUGAUUCAUAGAUAUCCGUUUCUCAUACA